CUGACCUGUGGAUGACCUCCCUAAACCUGAGAGAAAACCCACUGAGAAAUAAAAUGAUAUACUGCCUGUUGAUCUCGCUUUGAUAAAUUUAUUCUUUGAAACGAGUUGAUGUCAUUUCUCCGACGUGGGGACGGAUUUAUAUGGAGCUUUGAAACGUGGACAUGGAGAUGUGGUGCUACCAAAAGCCGGGGUUUGAAGCCCUCCUCCUCGCUGAGCUGCAGAGACAGCAGCAGCGCAGCCAGUUCUGUGACACUCUGCUCAACACAGAAGGUAUAUCAGUGCCAGCACACAGUUGUAUCCUCUCAGCCAUCAGCCCCAACAUCUCCUCCACUCUGUCCACCACGCCGCCGCCCCCUGCAGGACAGAGCCGUCUCUUGGAGUUUCGGGCCCUGGGCGCCUGCACGCUGCUCAACAUGGUCCGACUGCUGUACUGUGGGGAGAUGGCAGGGGAGGGGGAGAAGGAGAAGCAGGAGGCUAUUUCUGCUGCAGCCAAGCUGGGCAUCCACGGGCUGGUGGAGGUUACAAAACGAGACCAUAAGAGCAGAAACAGGGAAGGAGAAGGCCGGCAUGUGGAUGUAGGAGUGCAGACGGAGCCGCUGAUGCCUGAGGAGCAUGAAGGGAGACGGGGCAGGUGGAGGAGAGAAGUGAGGGAUGGGAGCACCUUUCUGUGGAAAGAGAUGCUGUCAGAUGGGGGAAAAGACACAUGGACUCAGACAGAGGAGGUGCAAGUAAACACGGCGCCCCCUUCUCACACAGCGGCCUCCUAUGACACCAUUGAUAUGGCUGCUUUCCAGAGUUUAGGACAGACAGACUCUCAUCUUCUUACCUCUCAAAUUCCCUACAUCCCCGUAUCCCUUAUCUAUCCACCAGACAACCAAACACCCCAACCCUCCUCUGCUGUCAUUGACGCAAUGCAAGGAUCCAUCCAUGCAGCUGGACACACAUCUGUCCUUUCCCUCUCAACCCCGUGUGCUUCUGACUCUCAGAGCUGGUGGGCUGGUCCUCAGGGAGCAGCCAGAAGUGUCACAGCAGCUGAAGAGUGUGAGGAUGAGCGGUUAGAGCAGUUUCAGGACAACAUCCCAGGAUACAUCAGCUACUUCCUAAACCCAGAGAAGGAGGAGGGACGAGGAGAGGCGGCACGGGUGAGAGAAGAGCCAGGAGACCCCGAGGGAGACCAGCAGGGAGGGGAAGACGAGGGUUAA